AUGCAGCGCUUGCGCACCACAUUCAAACGAUCCCGGACUCCAACGCCCGCCGAUAUGAAGACGCAGAGCAGCCUCGAAGUGCCAAAGCAGGUGCGAUCGGCUUCGUUUGAUGAGAUUCAGUUGGGAGCGGCCCGUGGCGCAAACGCCAGUACUUUGCUUUCUGUGCCACAGCCUGGAGCGCGAAGCCGUUCCUUUGACUCAGCUGGAUCUGAUGACUCCGGAACAUAUUUGGAGGUACCGCGGUUGUGGUCUCGACGUCGAUCAGGUAAAGGAACGCCACCGCCAUGUGUCCACUGUCGGCAUAUGGAGACAUGGCUGGCCCGCCAAAGCGAGGAAAGAUCCACACCUGAAAGAUUACCACCAUCAUCAUCAGCCGAAGACGACGACGAUGAUGAUGACGAAAGCGAUGUGGAGGUACCGAGAAUACAUCUGGCACCGGCACCACCGCCGCGAAUGCUUCUACCAACACCAGUACAAUCACCACCACCUUCUCCGGGUGCACCGUCGUUUGAACUGCAACCACCUGUUGAUGAACCACCUAUAGUUCCACAAAGACGACGCUCCAUAUCGCGGCAGGAAGCUUUCUUCGUAGAACCAACGGGGAGCUCCCUCGAAAACGUACGGGCCUCAGACGAAGCUAAUAAUGCGCCAAGAGAUUCAAUUGUACAUGAUAUAUACUUAGCAGUACCAGAACUAAAACGGGAUCGGGCAGCUUCAGUCGAUUCCUGCUUUUCCAAAGUUUCUGGUGGCAGGGCAGAGGAGUUGGGUCAGGGUGGAGAUUCCCUAACUGUGCCUGGGACGAGCCUUCGUUCUCGCUCUGUGGAUAUUGUGUUGCCAACCGCUGAACAGUCACGAUAUAAGGCACUCGCCCUCACCGCUGCGCAGGAGCCUCUGUCGCCGACAUACGACCAGCCGCGAGACGAGCCUGAUAUUCCUGUGCUUCAAGUUUUGGCCAGCUUUAUAGCGGCAAUUUGCUCUAGGAAUAACGCAAUCACGGGGCUUACCGUGUAA